CUCGGUCAAUAAAACUGCAACGCCAUAGAAGCUCGUCGUGACCGACGCGCCGUCAUGGCCAAGAAGCGGGAUCGCCAAGCCGUCUCAAAUCGUCGGAAAAAUCAAGUCGUCUCUUCCGACGAUCACCAAAACAUCGUUGCUGAUUCCUCCUCUGACCGGAGGCUCAUUACCAUUUUCGUUAUAUUCUUUAUCAUUUCUCCCGCCAUUUCCGCUCUCGUCUAUCUCAAGUACACUUCAAGUGGAAAAUUUUCCGGCGCAUCUGUUUUCGAAAGGGGGCUCGUCAAGACUGAUAUCAGCUAUCAAGAAAUCCUAGCUGAGCACUCAAAUGUCGCGGGAAAUAUCUCUCGCAAUUAUGAUUAUCCUGUACUUGCUUAUAUUACUCCAUGGAACUCCAGGGGCUAUGAUAUGGCAAAAAAGUUUAACUCCAAGUUUACACAUUUAUCACCGGUGUGGUAUGAUUUGAAGAGCCAUGGUUCCCACUUAGCGUUGGAGGGAAGACACAAUGUUGAUGAAGAAUGGAUCUCAGAGCUAAGACUGACUGGAGAUGCACUGAUAUUGCCUAGAGUGGCUGUUGAAGCACCUCCUACAGAUCUGCUUAGAAAGAAGAAGCUGAAGGACAAAGCUAUUGAUCUAAUUGUAACAGAAUGCAAGGAAAUGGGUUAUGAUGGUAUUGUGUUAGAAUCCUGGUCAAGGUGGGUAGCGUAUGGGAUACUGCGUGAUCCAGACAUGAGGAAUUUGGCACUGCAAUUUAUAAAGCAGCUUGGAAAUGCCCUGCAUUCAGAGCUCGAGAGUACGAGAUCUAAGCAACCGUUGCAACUUGUGUACGUCAUUGGCCCACCACAUUCAGAGGUCUUAGAAGAGCAUGAAUUUGGGCCAAAAGAUAUGGAGAGCCUGACUGGUGCUGUGGAUGGUUUCUCACUUAUGACCUACGAUUACUCUGGUGCUCAUAACCCAGGCCCCAAUGCUCCAGUGAAUUGGAUUCGUUCAACAUUACGGCUAUUGCUCGGUACCAAGGACAUUAGCCUUGUUCAGCACAAGGCUAUCAAGAUAUUUCUUGGAAUCAACUUCUACGGCUAUGAUUUCAGCAUGUCUGGAGGAGGUGGAGCUAUCACUGGAAGGGAUUAUCUGUCGUUGUUGGAGAAGUACAAGCCUGUGGUGCAGUGGGAGGGUAUCAGUUCCGAACAUUUCUUCUUAUACACGGAUUACAAUCGAAACAAGCAUGCAGUUUUUUUUCCAUCACUGAAAUCAAUCUUCAUACGUCUUGAGGUAGCUCAAUCCUUCGGUACCGGUAUCUCCAUAUGGGAAAUCGGGCAAGGUUUGGAUUACUUCUUUGAUCUACUAUGAAAAGUUUCAAAUUUGUAGCGUUUCUUUACCUGCCUUUGAGCCAACCCCACCAUGAAGUUUUGUUCACUUUUCCGCCCUUGUGGUGCUUCAAAUGGAUGGUUCUAUAUGGUAAAAGAUCUGAGUAGUGAACCAUUGUGUUAGCUAUAAAGACAGGAUCGUGAACGGAUUCGCCAUUCAACACUCACCAGAGAAGAGGGAAAAUCAUUCACAUGUUUUGAUGUAACUGUUGAGAUGAUACUAGUUUUGUUUUCAAUCUUCUAUAAUAAAUUGUAACGAACUACUAUUAUAAUUAUCAAUCCACAUGGUGUUUUUUUUUAAAAAAAAA